AUGAAGCUCCAGCUUCUUGUGUCUACUGGGAUCCUGCUGGUCACUCUCUUGCCCUGCCAAGAAUGCAGAGCUCUCAUCAGCAAGGGCUCCGCAUCGUCCGUGGGGUCGGCAGCUCAGCCUCUGGACUUCUUCCAGCCGCCACCGCCUCCGAAUCAGCAGCAGCCCCUGCCUCUCCUGCUCCGCAUGGGAGAAGAGUACUUCCUGCGCCUGGGCAAUCUCAACAAGAGCCCCGCCGCUUCCUUCUCCCCCUCGUCCUCCAGCGGCAGCCCCGGGAUGCACUUCUCCCCCGAUGUCUCUGAUGUCUCGGUCGCCAACUUUUUCCGGGGAGCUGUCCAGCGGCUCCAGCACCUGCAGCUCCCGCAGCGCUCCCUAGAUGAUCAGGCAGGGCUGGGGGAGGGAGGAGCUGAGAGUGCCUACAGCGAGCAGCGGGAGGCGAUGGAGAGAAAGAAGCGGUCAGAAGAACCUCCCAUCUCCCUGGAUCUCACUUUCCACCUCCUCAGAGAAGUCUUAGAAAUGGCCCGGGCCGAACAGUUAGCUCAGCAAGCUCACAGCAACAGGAAAUUGAUGGAGAUUAUUGGAAAAUGA